UCCAAUAUUUUUUCCAGAAUGUAGAGAGAGAAAGACAGGGAGAGAGAGACUGUGAUUAACAAAAGAUUAGAUUUUUGCAAACCCUAACCCUAAUUAGUGAGCUUUUAUUAAUUAAUUUAUUUGCUUUUGCCCUUUUAUUUGCUUUCUCUUGAGCUUUGAUAAAUGUCAUAUUCACCAGACAGAAAAUCUGGUAGCCCAAUAAAGUCACAAGUUCUGAAGAGGCCGAGGCCAUUGAGUCUCCCAGACCAAGCUCUCAAGUAUGUUAUCACGAAGAUGCAGCUUCAGAGCCACCACCACUACAGCUCCCUCUCUCCUUCAACUGCUUCACCUUCUCCUCACUCUGAGCCUGACCUCUCUUCUGGCUUCAAUUCCCUUACCCUAGACCCUCCCGGACCAGAUUCCACCUCCCUCUUAUCCGAUGAGCUUCUCCUCUCCGUCUUCGCCAAGCUCCCAAUUUCCCAGUACCUCCCCAACUCCCUUGUCUGCAAGCGCUGGCUGUACCUCCAUGGCCGCUUGGUGCAAUCUGUAAAGGUCUUUGAUUGGGGGUUUUUGGACUCGGGUCGGGUCUUCGCCCGGUUCCCCAACCUCACUGAGUUUGAUAUCGUCCAUGCUUGCAUUCGGUCUCCGCGGAAUUCGGGGAUUCUUGUGACGAGGAAGGCUUUGACUGUUCAUGUCGACUCGCUUUUCAGCCCAAAUGGGUUUAUUGAGGAAAGUGAUGUGUUGAAGAACAGUGUGGUGGAUGAUGGGCUCAGGUUGAUUGCCAGUUCGUACCCGAAUUUGCGCCGAAUUGCGGUCAUAGGUGCGAGUGAAAAUGGGUUGUUGAGGAUUGCUGAGGAUUGUCAAACACUGCAGGAAUUGGAGCUGCAUUGUUGUGGAGACUUGGCAUUGAAGGGAAUUAGUGCGUGUAGGAACUUGCAGAUUGUGAAAUUGAUUGCUUGCGUUGAUGGGUUUUACAAGGCAGUGAUUUCGGAUAUUGGGUUGACAAUUUUAGCUCAGGGGUGUAGGAGGUUAGUGAAGCUUGAGCUUUGUGGGUGUGAAGGGAGCUAUGAUGGGAUUAAGGCAAUUGGGCAGUGUUGCCAAAUGCUUGAGGAGUUGACUCUCAAUGAUCAUAGGAUGGAUGGUGGGUGGUUGGCUUCUCUGCCCUUUUGUGGGAAUUUGAAGACUUUGACGCUUCAGUCUUGCAAGGACAUUGAUUCGAGCCCCGGCCCUGAUGAGCACUUGGGAUUUUGUCCCACCAUUGAGGGGUUGCAUUUACGGCGGUGUCAAGUGAGGGAUAAGCAUGGUGUGAGAGCAUUGUUCUUGGUGUGUGAGGCUGUUAGGGAUAUUGUUCUGCAGGAUUGUUGGGGGUUGGUGGAUGAAGUAUUUGCAUUUGCGAGUAUUUGUAGGAGGGUGAAGCUGAUUUCUCUGCAAGGAUGCUCACUGCUGACGACAGGAGGUCUGGAGUCGGUGCUCCUUUGUUGGAAAGAGCUUCAAAGACUUAGAGUAGUAUCAUGUAACAAUAUAACAGACAGUGAAACAACUCCUGCCUUGGCAACCUUAUUUUCUGUUCUGAAAGAGUUGACAUGGCGACCAAAUACCAGAUCUCUCUUGUCAUCAAGUCUUGCUGGGACUGGAAUGGGACUGAAAGGUGGCAGGUUUUUCAAGAGCUUAAAGCCUUAACUUCUUGAUGGGAAUCUUGACUUCGGUUGAAUGAGCAUCAAAUCACUUGGCAGCAGUUCAGUGUUUGGAUCAACGCACAAAAUAGAUAAGUUGUAAUCAUCAUGUCUUAUUUAGAUGUCCAUCAUUAUGAUAACAGAGGAUGGUUUGCUUGCUCGCUUACAGCAAGACUGCCGAGAGGAGUUUGUCAUCAUUAAAAGACAUUCUAGUCCUCUCUCUCUGCCCACUUGUGUGUUGAUAACCUGGAUGUCCACAGCUCAGCAUCAAGUUGUCAUUGUGAUUUAAGCCUAGUCCUGUUUCUUUAAUGUUCAGCAAGGUUAGUCGUGCUAAUUUUGUCAUAUUAAGUAGCUGUACUAACUUGCUAGGAGUUAGAACAAGCAAAAACACGAGUACAGUUUUAUCCCCUCUUUCGACGUCAUUGAUAUGUAACGUGUUCUAGGAAUGAAGUUCUUUUUUCACAGAAUGUAAUGACAUAUUCUAGGAAUGAAGCUCAUUGUGGUUUCAUGCAA